AUGUUCGUGAUGAUUGAUGGAUUUGGUGGGGUCACGACUAAGGUUCUCGAUGGAGAUCGCGGUUGUAGUUCGCAAAUCACAAUGGAAGAGAUGGUUGAGGGUGAAUGGCUUGUCGGGAACGGAGAUGGUGAAUGGUUCGGUUGGGCGUGGUGGCCAGUGUUUUUGUCGGGGCUGUGGAAGAUGAAGGAGAAUAGGGUUGGGUAUAUGAGUGAAAAUGUGGGUACUGUGUGGGGUUCGGGUCUUAAGUGUGAUUGUGGGAUUGAGGGAAAAACAAUAGAUUUGAGUGGCUGA